AUGAAGCGCAACCAUGGGCGCGACGGCGAAACGCAGAUAAUCGGAGAGCCACCGUCAAAGCGUUUAAAUGCCAGCGGUCACAGCCGCCCGGAAUCGGGCCUGGGGAACAUCCCUCGAACGAGGCACGCCUUCAAGGUUCUUGUCACCGAUGGCUUGGCGGCCGGUUUGCUAGGCUCUCACGGCUCGACCAAAGAUGAGAUACAAAAGGAGACCGGCGCCAGGCUUGUCUUCAGCAACAGAAACGACUACUUCCCAGACACACGGUACAGAGUCUUGGGCAUCUACUCAGAUGAUCCCGGGUCUAUACUUGCCGUGUUCAACUGCAUCUUGUCGCAGCUCAUACAGCACGGCGAUGAAGAAAGGAAAACGCAGCCUGCAGGUCAGACAGAACUGUGUGGGAAAGAGCCGGGCGAGUACAUCCUCCGGUUCGUCCUGACCAGACGAAUGCAGAGUCAAGUAGUUGGUGCGCAAGGAAAGAACAUCAAGUUCAUCCGCCAAGAUUCGGGAGCCAAGGUGUUCGUCGAGAAUGAAAGCGUCUUGGGACAUCGUGCAGGCAAAGUCAUCGGCACGCCCCAGUCCAUCUUCGCAGCACUGCGGCACAUCAACGAAUUUGUGCAAUGCGAGAGCGAGUUCGAGGAGGAGUUUUACCAUGGCUUCUCCCGCGUUGUCAACUUUGGCGAGGCCGUGCAGCGCGGCUGGGAGCCCCCUCCUGAGCCCAAGGACCUCGACAAGCCACCGGGCCCUCGACGGGUUGCGCCGCCUGCAGCCAAUCCUGCCGGGAAAGGUUCCCGAGCAUCGACGCUUAAGGCGUUGCCAAAGGCCUCUCAGAAGGUUGGUCAAAGUUUAGAGGGCGCGCUCAAGAGCAUAGUGCCACCGCCCCCACCUGCGGUGAUACUACCACCUGCCAAAGGACGGCCGGUGGAGACUGCAGAGAAUGGGCAAGCUAGAGAGGAGGUAGACUCCUUGGCCAAUGAGCUGGAGAGUUUCCCGGAUGGAACAGUCGAUAUGUCGUAUUCCGUUUGCUGUGAAGUCCCAGCCUUGCGUGUUGGAGCGCUCGUGGGCACUGGAGGUGAGGUCAUACGGCAAGUUGAACAGGCUUCCGGUGCUCAGAUUGAAAUCGAGAAGUCGAGCGAACGGAGCGGAGACUUCAGGACGAUGACACUCGUAGGCACACUGGUGAGCGUCUACUUGGCCCAUGCUAUGAUGUGGUCAAGGCUUCAGAGCCUCGAUUCCCAAGAGCAGGACCAAGAGGAGGAGGAACAAGAGCAAGAGGAGGAGCAAGAGGUUGAGCAAGAUGGGGAGCACCCGAGCCAGGAGGAGUUCCAGCACGAGCAGGAGCAUCCCGAGGCUGAGGAGGAGGUUUAUCAGGCGGAGGAGGCCGACCUUUUGGCAACUACAAGUUACAGCUUGAGAGUACAAGCUAAAUUUAUAUGGGCAUCGACAGAAACGCUCCCUUUGGAAAGGUUUGUACAACAGGACCACGGCGACAGGAGCUCUACGACGGCCCCGCCUAAGUAA